AUGGAGCCGCCGCCGCCGCCGCCGGAGCGCCUCACCGUCCGCGACCUCCUCCGCAUGCGCCGCCCCACCACCGGCGCCGCAUCCCUCCUCUCCGGCUCCGCCUCCCCCUUUCCCUCCACCUCGACCGCCCCGCGGCCCCGCAAGAAGCCGAGGCUCCCCGCGGCCCCGACCCCGACCCCGCGUAGCACGGCCCCCUUCGCGCCCAUCUCCCGCCGCGUCCUCCUCGCCGGCACGCUCUCGAUUCCGUGCGCUCGGUCCCCCGUCGCCUGCCGCAGUCAUUGCCUCUCGCUCUCUGAUUCCCCUUCUUCUGCUGCUGCUGCUGCUGCGCCAGCCGCAGCCUCUGUGUGCUGCUACCUCCUCGACUUCGACCCCGCUGCCGUCGGCCGCGAGAUCCACGUCCUCGCCUGGAACUACCUCCCCUCCGUCCACCACGGCGGCGCCGGCGUGCUCGAGGUGGUCCGCUGGCGUCUGGCGGAGGAGGGCAUGCCCGCGUCUGGCUCUGGCUUCCUGAGGACGAUUCCGCUCGAUUGCGUCGAUGCAGAGCCUGAUUCGGGCACCCACGGACACGUGUUUGGGGUUUUUAGGUCGGUGAGCGUUGUGUUCAGCAUGCCGCGAGCUGCGCAGAAGAGCAAUGCGGAUGGAGGCGGCAGCUCGGUCGGGUUCAUAGCGGAGAUGACGUGCUGCGCGUGCCGGAAGUGUAGGGCAACACCUCCAGAAGCAGAUGAGCAGCACAAGUUUGAGGUGGAGAAGUUCGUCUACUUUGUGGAUUCUGCGAGCCGGUGGCGGCCAGUGAUGGCGCGGAUGGUUGGGAGGCCUAUGUCUGUCUCGGGGUUGAAGAAAAGGAUGGUUUCCAUUGGCACAAAGGGCUCAUACACCAUGUUGGUGUCAACGAGGAAAACAACGCUCAAAUGGUGCCCAUCCUAUCCAGCUGUUCGGAAGUCGGAUGUGUUGCCAGGUAGUUGUGGUCGUGCGUACACGGGGAUCAUCACUGGAAUUUACAUGCAAGGCAUGUUGGUUGAGCUGGAUGAUACUAUAUGGCUGCUGAUUGAUGAUCAGCAUAUUGCUCCCUCACAUUCUCUCCGAGUUGGUGCUGUUAUUUCUGUGAAGAAUGGCCAGGCAGUUUGUCUAAAAUUUGCUUGGACAAGGAUUGCUCUACUUGGAACAUGCAUUAAAACUAGCAUUAUUAUAAAAUUUUUCUCCCUGGUGGACUCCAAAUGUUAUAUCAAGGCAGAGAACAGGGGUCUGUUGGGAAAGUUUGUCGAGUCUAUUGAGCUGCCUGCUAGAUUUUGGAUGUUAGUUCUGAUAUCAUGCUUUAAACACAAAUUCACCAAGUUAUUUUCUGAGAAAGAGAUCCUGGGCUCAAAAAAUACACACGGAUUGGUCCACACUUAUGCUUCUAAAGUUCUCUCUUCAAUGGGUUCCAAACCUCAGCAUGAUUUCUUUAUGAAAUUCUGCAAUCAUAACUGCUGCAGCCCAUCCCGUGAAUUACACUUGGAAACUUUUAAAAUGGUCAUUCCCUUUGCUAAUUUUAUCUGCAAGUGUGAAUCAUUUUGGAUAUUAAUGAUGCUCAAAAUUUGGAAUGACACUGAAGAAAUGGACAAGAACCAGAUGGUCCACCCAUUUCUGUGUGAUGGAAUUGCCUAUCCUGGUACCACAAAAAGGAUAAUUUCAAGCAGUGAUCUGGGUGCUGUUUUAGUGGGAAGAAUCAAGAGAUCUUCACUGCCAGGAACACUGCAGUUGGUUGAUGCAACAGGUUGUAUAGAUGUCAUUAUACCAGAUCUUCCGCCAAAUGUUUGUGUGGAUGGCAUCUAUGAGAUAACUGACUACAAAGUAGCUCUUGAAGGUCCUAUGGCUUACCUUGAUCCUUAUGAUAUUGCUGAUCCGCUGUCCUGCAAGGCUACUUUUCAACAUCUCUCUUUCCGGAAAAGACUAAAUCACCUAAAGAUCUGUGUUAUAACCAGCUUGAGUGAAUUGAAUCAAAUUGGUCCUUCUGCAAUUCCUUUGCAAAUCAAUACUUGUGCCAAGCUGUUUCACCUGCUCAAAUUAACACAUAUAUUUCCAGUAAAUAAUAUUUUUCAGCAUCAAAACAUGUCAGGGCCCAAUCUGUAUGCUGAGGCUGUGAUACUGCCAUAUGAUUUGAAAUUUACUGAGCGAGGUGAAUGCUCUGAGCAUGCUGAGAGCUUUAGAAUUUUAUCCACUGUUUCACUUAGUAAUUCCAAAGCGUCUAUGACAAAACAAUGUAAUAUUCUGUGCACCCUAAGGUUCGGAACCACCAAUAUUUGUGGUUCUCUAGUGUCUAUCCACUCUUGUGGAUCAGUUGAUACUACAGUAGACAAUACUCUUUGUGGCGAAAGAGAUCACAGUUCUAGGAUUUUAUUGGAAUUGAAGGAAACAAGGUUUAAUUACCAGUCACUGCGGAUUGGUGGUUACUAUCUUCUUGAAUGCCCAUCUGGAAGUCUUAAUUGUUCUGUGAAAGGCUGUGGAUGUUUACAAGGCAGUAAAGUUUCACUAGGUUCUCGGAGUAGAUUUUGGAGCCUUGCCAUUACCUUUAGUGGUAAUAUGCCCAUUGGAGAUCAAGCUAUUGGAGUUUCUUCAGUGAAGAUGGAUGAGCCGUUUUUCAGAAAAGCUGUCCAUAAUGAGAUAAAACUAGUCCAUACUUGGAAUGACUUCCAUCAAUAUUGUGACUUCCAUUUGAACUUUUACUGUGAGGCAAUAAGUGAAAAGAUGGAUGAAUACAACUCCGCUUGCUAUGUAUUUAAUAAACUGUGCUCUUACUCAAAUGAGGUUCUAAGUGUCUCAUCAUUUAUUAAGACUAGGGUGCUUAAAAGGUCUUCUGAUUCUGGUUCUUCUAAAUGGCAAGGUGAUAAACUGAUUCAAGGAGAUUUGAUAUCAUUACAAGGAAAAAUAGAAAAUAUUCAUCCUUAUGGUUGUAAAAAGGAAAAUUUCACGGUUGGUGAUGAGAAGUCCAGUAUAUGUAUCCAUGUUACUGAUGAUAUUCAUACGGUGCGGCUCUGUGGAGACCUAUGCAAACGUACUUAUCCUAUUGGAUUAGGACCAGGGGCAUCUGUGACAUUCCACCGUGUCCUUUUGACACACGGGCAUGAAUUAUCCUUCACCCCACUAACAUAUAUUGAAGUCAGCUCCAUCAAUCUGCAAUGUCCGAAUAGAGAAUGUGCUGUUACACCACCCAUAUCUGAUUGCAUUGAGGAUAAGUCACUUACCAGAGUUUCGUGGUGUUUUCUCUUCUUAAGUCAGAAGCAUUUAGCAGAAAAUAGAGCCAUCCAGUUCCAAUGCCGGGUUGCAACUAUCCACGUGUUGGUUUUGGAAAAUAGUUUAAAUUACCUCCAGCCCUCAGAAUCAGUUAAACGAUGUGAAACAACAACUGUAAAAAUCCGACUAGCUGGGUUUAUUGUUGAUGAUGGUUCCUCUUUGUGCUGUUGCUGGGCUGAUGAUGCAAGGGCUGAACUGUUGCUUAGGCUGCAAGAUGUUGCAGUUCUGGAUGCUUCUGUCAAUUUGAAGUUACCAAAAGAUGGAAGUGAUGUAAACAGACAACUGACUGUUGGUUCAUUCCUAGAAAGAAUGUUGAAGAAGCACAAAAGAAUCAUUGCAAGAAAUUGUGGUAUUCCUCCUGACAUUUCAUGUCGUGACUUGGAGCUGUCUUCUGUUCUGAAUAAAGUCUUAAGUUGCUUGGAAGAAAAGCUUUUGAAAUUUGUCAUACUGAAUGCUUGUUGGAAGGGAACUUUGAAUGUAAUUGCGUCAGUUUUAAAUCCAAAUGCUCUAAGUGGGUUUAAUUUAGAGCUUCCUGAUUUAUAUCCAGUACGGAACAUGCCGAACUUUUGGGUUAAUCAUGCUUUUCACAUAGAUCCUUUGGAAGAGGCCCGAAGAAUCCUUGGCAGUAAAAACAGCUAAUGUUAUUUGGACCAGUGGAUGCAUCAGGUUUCUUAUGAUUUGGUAUGAAGUAUGUGGGAGCAGCACAUUGGGUCA